AUGCCUGAUCAAUCGGAUUUCUGCCGGAAUCGCACCGUGUUCAGAGCGAGGUGUUUUCUGGUUGGGUUAUCCCGGUUGAUUGGAGAUUCUCAUUUUGUUGGAACAGCUCUCUCUGAAGACAUGCAGUACCGAUUUGACUUCCAAUCUAGAACUAACACCAGUCUUGAUCCUACCAUCAUCACCACACAGUUAAUAAACACCACCCAUAAAUCCAUCAGUGUGUUUGAUGGUUGUGAGAAAAUGAUGGAGGGUAUCCUCUUUGACCUGAUAGUACAAUCAUUUAAUAUAGUUAUAGGACUGCCAGCCAACAUUCUGGUCAUCGCCAUUCUGAUUCGCAACCGGCAUGAACCCACCACCUCUGACAUCUUCCUGGGGUGCCUGGCUUUUAUGGAUGCUUACUUUGGCCUUAUGGUUCCUAUAGCCUUUCUUAACUUUUAUUACUGGCAGAGUGUAAAGGGCUGGAUGGCACUAAAGUUCUCUUAUGGCGUGAAGGACACCAGCGGGCCACUAUUUCUCUCCUGUAUCUGCCUGGAUCGCUUUGUGGCUGUCAUCUUUCCCAUUUCCUUUGGCCAGCUGAAGGACAACAAAUACAGGAUUGGCUUAUGUGUCAUUGUACUGUGCCUUACCUUUGCUUAUGCUGCAGCCAAAAGCAUUGGUGGCAUUCCUCACUUUGAAAGGAUCUUUACCGGUGAGGUACUGGCCGUAUUUGUCUGGAUGGUGAUUUGCAAUAUGACCAUUCUGGCUGCAUUGAAGCGCUCACGGCGUGCUGGAAAAGAUGAAAUGCACCCCAUGAAGAAGAAGGCCUUCAAGAUGGUUCUCUCACUACUAUGUAUUAUCAUAUGCAACUACCUUCCUCUAGUGGCACUGUUCCCUUUCCAGGAUCACUACUCUCCAAUGGUGUUUACCUGUUAUGUUCAGCCAGUGGGUUUUGCUUUCCUAAACAUCAGCAGCAGCAUCCAGCCAUUAGUCUACCUGUCACGGCUGGAGAAGGUGCCCUUCUUGCCUGAGUCUUUGAUGAAAAAGUUCUGCUGUAAAGAGAAACAAGAUCGCCCACCCCCUUAA